CGGGAGUUGGUGGCGGCGGUUGCGGUGGCACCGACGAAAGGCAGGAAAGGGCAGGCCGUGUGGGCAGGUGGACCGGCUGAGCCCAGCAGACAGACAGCCAACAGCGAACUGACCUAGCCGUCUACCACUUACGCAUCUAGCCAGCCAAACCAGUUCGCCCGAGCCCCUUCACCAUCAACUCAGGUUCGGCCGCCCCCGGCCCCCCUUCCGCAGCCGUCGUGGCAGCCCCAGGAGGAGCACUGGCGUCCUUUUCCUUCGAUCCUCGGGAUUUGAAGAUGGCUGCACAGUCAGCACCGAAAGUUGUGCUAAAAAGCACCACCAAGAUGUCUCUAAAUGAGGGCUUUACUAAUAUGCUGAAGAACAAACAGCCGAUGCCAGUGAAUAUCCGGGCUUCGAUGCAGCAACAGCAGCAGCUGGCCAGUGCCAGAAACAGAAGACUGGCCCAGCCGAUGGAAAAUAGACCCUCUGUCCAGGCAGCAUUAAAGCUUAAGCAGAAGAGCUUAAAGCAACACCUGGGUAAGAGUAACAUCCAGGCACGGUUAGGCCGACCCAUAGGGGCCCUGGCCAGGGGAGCGAUUGGAGGACGAGGCCUACCCCUAAUCCAGAGAGGCUUGCCUAGAGGAAGACUACGUGGGGGACGUGCCACAAGAACCCUACUUAGGGGCGGGAUGUCGCUCCGAGGUCAAAACCUGCUCCGAGGUGGACGAGCCGUAGCUCCCCGAGUGGGCUUAAGAAGAGGUGGUGUUCGAGAUCGUGGAGGUCCUGGGAGAGGGGGCCUAGGGCGUGGAGCUAUGGGUCGUGGCGGAAUCAGUGGUAGAGGUCGGGGUAUGAUAGGUCGGGGAAGAGGGGGCUUUGGAGGCCGAGGCCGUGGACGAGGGAGAGGUGCCCUUGCUCGCCCUGUAGUGACCAAGGAACAGCUGGACAACCAAUUGGAUGCAUACAUGUCGAAAACAAAAGGACACCUGGAUGCGGAGUUGGAUGCCUACAUGGCACAGACAGAUCCUGAAACCAAUGAUUGAAGCCUGCCUUCCCUCCUCUGAGAGACUUGUUAAAAAGUUACCACAUCUGUAAAUAACCUUGAGAUGACAGAUGAGAAGAGCCUACCUGACUGAUGCUGGAAGGACCUGUCACAAUAGACUAUGGACUUACUUGCCACCAGUGUGUGCAUUUAGUGUGUUCUUUUACUUUUUUGAUAACUAUUGUAUGAAACCCUUUUUCCCUCUGAUUUGGGUUUGGUUUCGUUUUGUUGUUUGGGUUGGUUGGUUUGUGUUUUCCUUUUCCCAGACUUCUCUUUGAACAUGAAUAUGUUGGCCUUCUUUCCACCUCUGCCUCCCCUCACCUGCCAUAUAUGCUUUGACUGUCUAACAUUUCCUCUGUUCAUCUCUCUAUUCUCUGAAAGUCCCAGAAAGAAUCCAUUCAAUGCUCCUCCCUGAUGCCUAGGUGUCUGUGAUGCAGUUCUGUUCUUUAUCACUUUAAUGGCCACUUAGAAGUGGUUAGAAAACCUGGAGUUCAAAAAUGCAUUCUGCCACGUUGAUAUUUUAAUAUAGUAAAUUAGGAACAUUGGCCUAGCUACAGUGUCACAUGACAGGUUAUGCAUGGUAGCAGCUUUGAUUUGAUGGAAGUUGCUACCAUGUGCAUUGAUACCACAUAUGUGAGCUGGUUUGGGUGUGUGCAUUAUUUCUACCAUGGAAUAAGAUUUAUAAACUUGCCUCUUGGCUUUGCAUCAUGUCCAAAGGGGUGCUAUUGGGUUGGCUUACACCUGCAGUAGAGAGGGAAAGGCCAUUGGUUAAGCAGAUGCGUCAGAAGGGAUGGGAGAACUAUGGCAGAUACCUGCUGGGGAGGGGUCAGAAGAUACCCAUGUUGAAUGUAAUACUUAGGUUUAUCCCAAACCAGUCUUGAGCUUUUCCAUACAUUGGCUUUGUUUGACCCUCUUAUUUCCCUUGAAGGUUUGUAAGUUCAACCAUAUUCUGUCAACUGUUCCAGUUUCAGUAGAAUCUUGUAUUUAUGGUUUAUUAUAACAAGAAAUUGUUCUCUCAAAAAAAAAGAGACUAAA